AUGCAUGUAACAUCUUCUGUAGCAUCAACGCCUUUAAUGGGAACACCUACUUCUGGUUAUUUUAUUCCCAAAACCUUUACUCCUGCAGCACCUACAUCUGAUGUAUCCUUACGAGAAUUACCUAAUACAACUGGUUCAUUUACGCCUAGAUUUAAACCUUUACCAACAAUUCCUACCACCCAUGGUUCAAUUCCUGAACACGUGCCUAGUUCAUCCAUGUCAACGACAUUUGUGCCUGUAGCCCAUAGUCCUACAACAUAUUCACCAGAAACACCUACAUCUAAUUAUUCUAUGUCUAAACCAAAUAUCCAUGACUUGAAAUAUGAUGAUACUUCAGCAGGGCCUUGA